CGGUUCUCUCUCGCUCGCGAGUGACGUUCAUAGCCGUAUCUUUGCAGGCGUUGCAGCCGCGUUCCGCGUUCACCCGCGUCACCCAGUUCCGUUGUUCUUUCGCGCUCAUAAUUAUGUCGUCAUGUAUUUUCGCGUGCGCUCUGUCUUAUCCGCGCCCGCAUUCCGUUUGCUAGCAAACGCGCGCCGUCCUGUCUUCCGUCCGUGUCGUAUGUCUUAGUCUGCGUUUUUCCCUGCGUUUUGCGAGCGCCUUGCGCGCUCACGCGCCGUGCGUUUCAGGCGCUUCGUUCUUCUCUGCGAGCGACAUAUUUUCCCAUCUGUGACGAACUCGAACCGGCCUUCCUUGGCAAGGCAGUGCCUGCGCAGCCUUCCGGGCAAAGCACUAGAUCCGCUACAUACGUAAUUGACGACUCAAGUCAAAAAUGGGCAAACCAUUUCACGAACGACGAAAUGAUAAAGGGAAAAAAUUAUCUUGGAUGUACCGAAGAAAGGCAAAAUUGAAAAGAACCAAUAAAAAGUCUGAAAGAAAUGUGAUUGAUCCUGCAGAUGCCAAUGGUCAGAAUUCCCGAAUAAUAGUGCGGAAUUUACCUUUUAAGGCAACAGAGGAAGAUAUAAGAAAAUUUUAUGAGCCAUUUGGUGAAAUCAGAGAAAUAAAUCUUCUAAAGCAUUCAGAUGGAAAUCUAGUUGGAUGUGGUUUUGUUCACUUUAAACAUGUGGCAGAUGCUUCAAAGGCAAUAUUUAAUACCAGCCAAAAAGAGUUUCUUGGAAGAAAGAUAAAAUGCGAUUGGGCUAUAUCAAAAUCCAAGUUUUGUGAGAAACUUGAGAAAGAUUUUGCUAAAGAUCAAGAAAUUAACAAAAAUGAAACACAACUUUCUCAAGAUGCUCAGGAAGAAAGUAAUGAUGAUAGUACACAAAAAAAGAUUACAAAAGAGAAAGAUAUUUAAAAACAAAAGAGGAGAAAAUUUCAAAAAAUGAAGAAACAGAAAAAACGAGCUAGGAUUGUAAUAAGAAAUUUAGCUUUUCAGGUUACAGAAGAUCAUUUGAAGAAACAUUUUUCCCAAUAUGGUGAAAUAGAGGAAAUAAAAAUUUUAACUGAGCCCAAUGGCAAAUCGACUGGAGUUGCAUUCUUGCAAUUUAAUAUUGUACAAAGUGCUGCAAAGGCUAUACAUUAUGCAAAUAUGCAACCUCUCUUAAAAAGAGCUAUGAUAGUCGAUUGGGCUAUUCCUAAAAUGAAAUAUUCUAAAGAUUCUCUCAAAAAUGUGAAAUCUGAAAUCAAGACUGAACCUAUUGAUAAAGAUGAAGUAAAUGACAUUUCGGAAAUGAAAGUUCAUGACAGUACAAAUGAAGUUAUUGAUUCGGAUUCUGAAUCAGAUAGAAAAGUUGAUGGAAGUAUAAAAGAGGAAAACGAAUUUGAUGAAGAGGAAAUAGAAAUACAUGAAAUAGAGGAUACUAAUAAAAAUGAAAGCGAUAACAAUGAUAAUAAUGACGAUAAUGUUGAUGAUGAUAAUCAUGAAGAUGAUGAUGACAUUAAUGAUGAGAUAGAUAAAUCUAUUAUUAAGGAGGAAAACAACAGUAAAGAGGAAGAAAAUUCUGAUGCAGAACGUCCAAAACGGAUAUCUAAUGAUGUUAGUGAAGGAAAAACAAUUUUUCUAAAGAAUGUACCAUUUUCUGUUAAGAAUGAUGAACUUAAAAGAUACAUGGAGCAAUUUGGACCCGUCUAUUAUGCUCUUGUAUGCAUCGAUCCUUUGACUGAAUAUUCUAGAGGCACUGCGUUUGUUAAAUUUCAACAUAUUGAGGAUGCCGAAAAGUGUUUGUCAGCCGGAACUGAAUUACGUUUACGUGAUCAAAUAAUCGAAGCCCAUAAAGCGUUACACAGAAAAGAAGUUGAAGAUAAAAAAAAUAUAAAAGAUAAAAAGAUUAAAGAUUCCAGAAAUUUGUAUCUUAUUAAAGAAGGAGUUGUGCUGGCCAAAAGUCCAGCCGCGGCGGAAGUAUCAGUAUCUGAUAUGGAAAAACGUCUGAAAUUAGAGCAAUGGAAAUCACAAAUGUUACGUAACUUAAAUAUGUUUGUCUCAAGAGUGCGGCUAGUUGUCCACAAUUUACCUCCCAAUUUUGAUGAUACUAAACUUAGACAAUUGUUUAAAAAUCAUAGUAGUCCUAAAGCUAUAAUUAAAGAGGCGCGAGUUAUGCGUGAUUUAAAAAAUGUUGAUGCGACCGGGAAAGGAAAGUCAAAAGAGUAUGGUUUCGUUACAUUUACUACUCAUGAAGACGCGCUUAGAGCUUUGAGAAGUUUGAAUAACAAUCCAAAUAUAUUUUCCAAAAAUAGAAGGCCUAUAAUCGGAUUUUCGAUAGAAAAUCGUGUCAUGGUAAAUGCAAAGGCAAGAAGACUUCAGAAGAGUCGUGAGAAUAAUCCUUUGUGUUCUGAAAAUAAAAACAAGAGAAAAAAUGAGGACACCGAGAAAGAAAUUUCAGCUAAACGAGUUAAAAUCAGAAAAUUAAAUGAUUCAGAUGAAAAACCAUAUACCGGUAUUACCAGCAAAUUAGGUCAGGAUAAAUUAAGAUCAAAAUUCAAACUAAAGACACAAGCCGAGUUGCAUAUGCGAGCUAUAAAGAAACAAAAGAAAUUGAAUAAAACAACCAAACAAUUAAAUAUUGUGGAAAAAGAAAAAAUAAAGAAGAAACAAGACAAUAAAACAAUGAAACAAACGAAGAAAUUUGACGCAGAUGAUACAAACUUUAAUAAGCUUCUAAAUAAUUAUAGAAAUAAGUUGAAAGGAAUUGAUUUGAAAAAAUCGAAAUGGUAUGAAAGCUCAAAUGGAUCUUAAUGUAUUAAAACUAAAACAAAACAAAAAAAUUAUUUUUAUUAUUGCAGUAAUAUUUACAUGAAUAAUUGAUUUUUUAAAUAUAAUAGGAUGGAUCAUAUAAAAUAUUAUAACAAUUUUUAAUAUAAUUUUAUAAUAGGCUUUUGUAAAGCAUUAAUUAAUGUACCCAAAAAUAAAAUUAUAAAUUGAAAAAUUUAA